AUGCGAGGGGCAAAGAGAUGUCACGCUCUGCCUGCCAUCUUCUUCCUGCUGCUCACUUCAGCCCCUGCGCCGCCGGGGGUCGAGGGCAGCAGCAGGGACCUGGAGGCGCCAGGAGGGGACAGGAGGACUCUGCUCGAUCUCCUCUUGCAAGCUAUCGGGGACAGCCAGAGCCACCAGCCCCACCCACCCCGAAGGGGGGACAGGGUGAUCUCCAGGCGCUACAGCGGCAGCGCCCUCUACUCCGCAGCUGUGGACCAAGACCCCCGGGUGACUUCCUCCUCCUCCGCCUCCAGGGAGCGAGCAGCGGGGCAGGUGCCCCGGCUCUUCACCAGCUCCAGGCACGUAGAAAUAUUUCCAAGAGAUUCCAAUUUAAAAGACAAGUUCAUAAAACACUUUACAGGGCCGGUAUCAUUCUCAGCUGAGUGUAGCAAGCAUUUCCAUCGACUCUAUCACAACACAAGGGACUGUUCAACACCAGCAUAUUACAAAAGGUGUGCAAGAUUACUAACAAGAUUGGCAAUGAGCCCUUUGUGUACACAACCCUAG